GAUUUCAAUUGGUGGUUCGGGAGGAGGUUUAUCAUUGAGGUUCGGGACGGUUGUUUGUCGACGUUCGCCGACAUGGCUAUUAACGUGAGUAUUAUGGCAUUGGGGUGUACUACCACUUCCUCGUGCCGGGUUUGUGAUGCAAGGUACACUAUUACGUUCUAUAAUAAAAUAUAUACUACAAAGAGAUACAUUGCUUAGAAUAGUAUUGAUCCCAUUACAUUGGUGAUCCAAUUUUUUUUUUUUUUUUAAAAAUAUUAGCAGUUGAGAAGAACUACUUUUUGAUAGUAGAGCGAAUUGAUGUUGAUAACCUGUUGUAAUUUAGAGAGAUUUUAAGCAAGGUUGAAAGAGAAUGCUAUCUGUAGUUUUGUGUUAUUUUCUCCCGCAAAUUGCGAUAUAUAUAGAAUUUGAUCCCAAGAACUCAAGUACAUAAACUAAAGUUUUAACCAUUAAGUUAAAUUGUAUUUAGUGUUAUUAUCAUAAAAUAUUAUAUUAAUAAAUGAAUUUUUUUCUUACCCGGGCUAUAUAACUAGUUUAUAAACAUAACCCAUCACCUUAACGAAUAACGAGAGAACCGUUUCCGAGCCUUCUCUUCCAGUUCAAAGGGGAUUGAGAAAUGAUUAUGGUAUCCUCUUUUAAAUUCUCUCCUGCUCUUUUGAAUUUCUUGUUAGACCUUUGAAGAAGGUCGCUUUCCGCGCUGGACAUACUUGAUACUUCUCUCUCUUUCCAUUUUCUCCCCGUAAAUUCAAAUUACAAUGGAAGACGGCAUUCAAAUAAUCCCCAUAUCCGACCUCCUCCAACGCCGUCGUCCAAUCUCCGGUACAAUCUCUCUCCUCCAUUCUUAUUCUCCGCCCACUCCCUCUCCACCCUUCGACAACUCUAAAACCCUAAUCCCUAACCCCAAUUCUCAUACCAAAAUCCUCAAACCUCUCACUAAACCUUCCAUAAUCAUCGGCAUUCUCACUCUUCCAAUAAUUAACUACUCCAAUGAAUCCUGCCCUCACCUCUGCCUUUUGUUCUCGGAUGAUCACGCUUCCCUUUGCUGUGAUGUUCUUGAAUUUGAUAUUCGUAUGGUAAGGAGGAAAAUUCGUGUUAUUGCUUGGAAUUUCAUCCCUUUUAAGAAAAAAUCUGGUGGAUUAUUGGAGAUAGUCAAAUGGGAGUUUGUGGAAAGUUCUAUAUUUUGUAAUGCAGAUUCUUUUUAUUUGAGUUUUAAAGAUGAUGGAUUUAAGGAAGGUAGUGAUAACAAGGGUAAGUAUAAUGUUUUUGGUUUGUUGAUAUCUGUGAGUCCUGUUUCAUCUGUUCCUUGUUCGAAUGAAAGUGGUUCGAGGGAUCUCUGUUGUUUUAUGGCGGAGUUUUUUCCUAUCGAUUGUAAGUCAUGUGAUUUCAAUGAUUGUGGAAAGAACCCCAAAAAUUCAGUUUUAGAAAGGGAUGCAAAUGGUUUCAGUGGAAGUAGAUAUGUGUACUUUUGCGGGAUUCUGUCGUCUUGGUAUCCUGUGCUUGUAAAACUUGUAGGAAGUGUGGUUUCAUUAGGGGGAUUGCGAAAGAAGUUGGUCUACAUAGGGAAGGAAGAGGCACGGUUAAUGUUUGUAUCGACAGAAAAGAGUUGUUUGCGUGUUCCCAAAUUGCGAUGUGAUGAUGAUUUUAUGGAUUGUAAUGGGAAGGCUAAAAAAAAGGGAAAAGGGGAAUUAGGUAAGUACAUUGGUGUAGUCAGAGGCAUUUAUGUACAGGGUAUGGUUGUUCAUUUGGAUGAAGAGGUUUGGCUCUUGCUAACUAACGAAUCCCAACUUCUGCCUCAUAGUGUCAGGAUUGGCUCUGUUGUAUAUGUGAGAAAUGUUCAUAUAGUGAACCCAAAGUUCCCCUGGGGGAAAAUGCUCAUACUUGGGGCAUGUUGCAAGACCAACAUCAGCACAAUACUAUUCUCUCCAUUGGAAAUCGGGUCUCAGUCAGUGUCCCGGUCCCAGAGUCUUCUCGGGAAGUUCAUGGAGUCAUUGGUUAUUCCAGCAAGAUUAUGGGUAUUACUAUCGGUCCAAUGUAUGAAAAAUAAAUUUUCCACAGCUUUUUCUGAAAAGGAGAUUUUUGGAACUAAGCAUAAUGAAGGGUUGGUGCAAACUUAUGCUAGGUUCAUAUUGCCAUCUUCAGUUUUCCAGUCACAGCAUGGCGUUUUCAAGGAGUUUUGCGACCAUGAUUCAUGUGGCUCUGGUAGCAAUAUCUGCUAUGGCAGCUUAUGUUUGGCCAUGCCAUUUUCCAACUUAUUGAAUCAUUUUGAGAGCAUAUGUAUGAAAUCACUUUUGCAAAUGAAUGACGGUCUUAGAGUCGUAGAAGGUUGCAGCCAAGUUGGUCACCCUUUCAGAGAAAACGAACUUUCUGAUCAACCAAUCAGGAGGAUUUUGUCAAGUAAAGACAUUGGAGUUUCUCUACUUGGAAACUUGAAGAUUUGUCGAGCUACUGGGAGAUUGCAAUAUAUAGAUGCUACGGCUAGCAUUGAUGCUGUUGUACCGGACAUUCCAUCAUCCUGGAACAUGAAUGCUAUCUAUGAGGUUUUUAACUAUAGUCUUGUGCUGGAAGGUAAGCCUGAAACUUGGGGUGAAUUUCGGGUGCUUGAUGGCGAAUUUUUCUCAUGCGGCAGUUUGUUUGAAACCAUCACAAUUGAAAGACAAAGAGAGUUGACAGUCUAUGUGCACUUUUCAUGGAGCAAUGUAUGCUGCCGGCAUUUCACCAAUCAUGCAUUGUCAAUCAACAGCUCUGCAAAACUUGAUCCUGGAACCUUUCACUUACUCUGUGUAGCCCACAAGUUUCCGUUGCAACCGCAGUUUCAUGGUGACCUGCUUAUAUCAGGCAAAAGUCGUUUAUUUGCUGAGGUCAUGGUAUUGCCAUGGGAUCUGAAUAUUUCUUUCAGUGAUGGUGCAGUUCUUACAUCAAAACUGCCCCAAGAUGAACGAGACGAAGACUACCAAAAUGGUUUUGCUUCUAAGAGAUGUAAAACUCAUCAAACAUCGAGUUGCAUUGACAAAGUUGGAUUAUGCAGCAGUUUUGAAGAAUCUGGAAAGAGAUUAUGUGACCAGCCAACUAUUUCUCUUUCCUUGCCACACAAGACAAGGAGUUUCAAUAAUACCAGUGGUGCAUCUCCUGUUCAAGUUCCUUGUACUGUUACUGGUGGAGAAAUACAUGGUCAAAGCAUGGAUGUGUCUGCGCUCCUAUGCUUUAAUGGUAACCGUGACAUGCUUUGCUCAAAAAGCACAAGGAAAGUUCUUCUAGAGUUCAGUUCUGAAAAUUUCUACAAGUAUAAGUUGCUGCAAAUUGGUGAUAGUUACAUCAUGAAGCAUUGUGCGGAGAAGUGCUUUUGUGAUUUUCACAACUUCAAUCUGGGAAGUAGCUUAUCUAUCACCUUGGAGACAAAUUUCUGGAGUCUAUCAUGUCAUUUUAGUGAAGCUAUGGACUGUCUGUCUAGCCCAUAUGGUGAUCCCUCAUCUGCUUCCUGCUCUAUCAUUGACAACUUAAGCGGGUUCCACCUUCAAAAUGAGCUUGUGCUCAACCCUUGCAGCAGUGCUGGUGGUGGAUCCUUUUCUGAUGUUAAGCUCUAUGUGGCAGCAGAUGCAACUGCUCUCCUGGAUGUGUAUAUGGGAUUUCAGGCCUUGAAGAAGCCUGUUAUAAAUCUGUCUCUGGGAUUGUCAGAUAUCUAUAGUAAACAAGUUGGCUAUCAAAACACUGUGGUGGCCCUUUUCGAGAACCAAGGAAUGUAUUCUAGAAAUGGUCUGCCUGAGGGGAAUUUGAUAUCUUUACAGGGAACUGUGGUCAGCAUUGGCAAUUCUGGCAGCUUUUCUAUUGAUACGUUUCCGUGCAAUGGAGCUUCACUUAAUACUGAUCUUCCGAGAUUUAACAAAGAAAAGGAAGGCUUAUUGUAUCUGCUUGUUCUGACAGAUGGUCUCUUGGUGCAAAUUGGUGGUUGCCUCAGCAAGCUUGACUCUCCUGUUGGAUUAGGACCAGGUGCAGUGGUUACAUUUCAUAGGAUACUUGUGUCUAGUACACAGACUUGUUUAAUGUUGACACCAGUAUCAUUCAUCACUGUCAACUCUGUGGGAGAAGAGCCUUCACCUACUGUGAAGUCACUUUGUUCUAUUCCAGAGGAAACUGUUGCAUCUUGUGUUAUAUCUGACCUGAUAAUUAGUGAUAUGUGCCAGCCAAGAAGGUUCUGCUGCAGAAUUGUUUCAAUUCAUUUUCUGAUGCUUGAAAGAAACAGGAAUCUGGAUAAGUUGUCUCAAAUUCAUUCUAGUACACCAGCUGUAAACAUUCCCCUUGCUGGCUUUAUUUUGGAUGAUGGAUCAUCUCUUUGUUGUUGCUGGACUAAUGGUGACAGUGCUGCAACUUUCCUAAGGUUACAUGAAGAAAUCCCUCAGGCAGGACGUGCAAGCAGCUGGCGAAGAUGGAAAGCUGCAGUCAGAGGCAGGGGCUUUAGCACUCCCAGUUACCAGCUUGACAGAAUUCUGAAGAAGCAUGGAAGAGUGAGUGUGAAAAAUUAUGGGUCCAGACAUGAAACUUCGUGUCAAGAUCUUCACCUUUCUGUUGGUCCAGACUACACUAUUGACAGUCAAGAUGAGAACUUACUUAAGUUUUUAAUGUUCAAUGCUUGCUCUAGUACAUUCUGGAAUGUAAUUGGUCAUGUGAUGAAUUUCGAUGCUGUCACCAUGUUAGAGAAGAAUCUUGUAGAGGAGCAGAUGUAUGUGCAUGGCUUACAAAAUGUGUGGGCAAGAGAAGUUUGUCAAGUGAACCCUCUUGCACAAGCUAAGGCCUUAUUUCAAGAUCUCUAAUCAGGACAUGCCAUGGGUCUGCUAACCAGUCAACAAGCAGUAGCGGCCCACUUCUCAGCUGUUUGCUCUUUCUCUAAUCCUCCUCUUGACUCCUAUCACUUUUCCUCCUGCUAUGAGUGGUGCAAUGAAUGUUUGACCUUGACUGCCAUUAGUUAAAGGAAAUGGGCUCCUUGCUAGGUUUAUUGGGUGAAGACCAGCUGUAGAAGUUUCAUCUGCUCAAGUAGGUUAGUAGCAACUUGAAGGAGUUCAUAUCUUUCUCACAUCAACACCAAUGCCACAAUGGCAACGGUGAUGUAGGGAUGAAGAGGGACAUUAAUGGCAAAAAGGGGAGAUAAGUUAUCAGUAAAGUUUGUUGAUUAUUGACAACAGCAUUCAUGCCAAGGCACAGCAGAAUCUUUCUUAUCGACAAAUUAUUGGUGAAUCUUGGUGAUACUUUUCGCCAAGUAGGGUACUUUAUAACAGUGUCUGCUCUUUUGCAUAUCUUGACCAUAAGGUUGCUGUAAUUGACAUGGUAUUUGACAGGUUUCUGUAGUGGGCCAUCUGUAGUUAUCUGCCUGACUUUAUUAACUACGAUGCUGGUCAGAUUGGAUCUAGGAGCCUCAGGAAUUUCUCCCAUGAACACUCUGUGUUGGCCUCUUACUCAGCACGGCUGCCUGCACCCUCGGUGGAGCUUCAGAAAUUAGUUCUUUCAGUGGGAGAGAAGCAACUUGCUUGCAAUUAUCUGUCAUUGGCUGUCUUAAACCUCUUCAGGACACACAGUACCUGCAUACUCAAUUUAGACAAGAGGACGUCAGCAGUCGUUGAGAACACAAGUUUCCGGACUGUCAAACAGCUUGACAUACAUGCCGGAUGCAGAUAUGUUUACUUGAAGCAAGUGAAGAUUGUACGAUGUAAGUCAAACUUAUCACUUGUCAGCUUAUAUUGAUCAGUAUUGUUCAUCUGCUAUGAAUAUGUGUGCAGGUUUCAGCUAUGUUUCCAAAGUUGUAUGUCUUCUUAUAUACCGGCUUACUCUAUUGUACAGAUUCUUACAAUUGUAGCCACAUGCCCUGUUUGGCAAUUGGUGGAUAGGUGUUAGCUGAUUGUAUUAGGUGAUAGUUGAUAGCUUAUUGUAUUAGUUGAUUUGACUAGUUGAUUGCAUUAGCUGUUUAUAUAAAGAUGUUUGAUAAGUAGUUGAUUGCUACAUUAUUGUGUAAAAUGUGCAUAAUCUAUUGUUGUACCUUGUAUUAUUUAUUAAUGUAAUUUUUAACAACUUUAGGACA